AUGGGAUUUGCAGAAGACCUAUGGUGUCCACAGGCCCACACAGCUCUGAUGCGUCUGCAGGACUCCGAGCUGCGUUUGAUGGAGGUCAUGAAAAAAUGGAUGACACAGAGAGCCAAAAGUGACAAAGAGUUCUCUGUGCAACUGCACCAGAUGUCUGCUCUGGUGGAGAAAUUAGAGGGUUCUCAACCAGGAGGUGGCCUGGACUACAUCAGCCAGCUCAAUAAGUCAUGGAAUGUGAUGGUAGGUCAGACGGAAUGUCUAAGUCGCAUCCUGCGCAAGCACUCAGAGGAUAUGGUAGUGGGACCCCUCAGCAAACUCACACUUCUCAUCCGAGACAAACAACAGUUACGAAAAACUUAUGGGGAACAGUGGAACCUCCUGAACCAGGAGCUCUGCAGGGUCACCCAGACUGAGCUGGAGAGGCAUAAAACCAGUUACAGACAGCUGGUGAGGGAUGCAGCCCAGGCUAAGAGGAAGUAUCAGGAGGCUAGUAAAGACAAGGAGCGUGAAAAGGCAAAGGAACGCUCUAUCAAAGCCACACUGAAGCUGCAUGAGUUGCACAAUGAGUAUGUUCUGUCAGUGAAGGCCGCCCAGGUGCAUCACCAACACCACUAUGGCCAGAGCCAACCAGGCCUGCUGUCGGCACUGCAGACUCUGCAGGAGGAGAUGGUGCUCAUACUGAAGGAGAUUCUGCAGGAGUACUUUGACAUAUCCAGCCUGGUUCAUGAUGAAGUUAUGUCAGUUCACAUAGAGAUGUCAAAUGCACUGAAGAGCAUAGAGCCACACAGAGAGUAUGACAGCUUUAUUCAGCAGAACAGGUCUGUGGCUGAGGUGCCACCAUGUGUGGAGUUUGACUGCAGUCUGUUAGAGGAGGCAGAGCAUCUAAAGCCUGAAGAAUUGGAGCUUAAUGAGCUCACGUUAGAGGGGAUCCAACACCGUUUGACUGCUAUAGAAGAGGAACUGCUGACCCUAGCUAGCACACUAGGUUCUCAACAGGCUGCUGUCAAUCAGCUGGAGCUGGAGCUUGAGGCAGAGGAGGGCGUGGCUAACCCAGGCCAGAGGGUUUACCAGUUCAGUAAGCGCAAUGCGCUAGAAGACAGUAGGCAGCAGGUGGUGGUGUCCAUGGGUGCACGUGCUCGUUUGGAGGCUCAGCGGCGGCUACUUGCUGAUAAACUGCAGUCUCUGGGUUCCAAGGAUCCACCAUCUGUGAUUCUGGAUGACGACCGCCUGUCUAUUACCUCUGCUGAUCGGGACAGAGACUUCAAACCUCUCAGCAUGGACAAUAUUAUGAGUCAUCUCAGCAGUUUAUUCAAAGCCAAAUACACGGUUAAUGUGUUUCGUGGCGGUGCACAGGUGCCUCCUGCUCUGUCCCCAGUGCCUGAUGUGGAGAAGCCUCUGAACCAGCAGGGCUGGUACCAUGGCGCCAUCCCGCGGAUGGAGGUGAUGGAGCUGCUGAAAAACGAUGGGGACUUCCUUGUACGGGAGAGCCAGGGCAAGCAGGAGUAUGUCCUGUCAGUGCACUGGGGAGGCCAGUGUAGACAUUUCCUCAUUCAGAGCUCUGAGGGUGUUUAUCGUCUGGAUGGAGAGGGCUUCCGGACAGUGCCUCUGCUUGUAAACUAUCUCCUCAACUCCAAUCGAAACAUCACCAAGAAGAGUCAGAUUGUCCUCAAGAGACCCAUCCUGAAGGACAAGUGGGUUCUAGAACACGAUGACAUCAUCCUUGGGGAGAGCAUAGGACGGGGGAAUUUUGGAGAGGUGUUCUGUGGCCGUCUCCGUUCAGACAACACCCCGGUGGCAGUGAAAGCUUGCCGUGAAAACCUGCCUCCAGAGCAGAAGAAUAAGUUUCUGAUGGAGGCUAGGAUCCUGAAGCAGUAUAACCAUCCUAACAUAGUGAAACUGAUUGGAGUCUGCACUCAAAAGCAGCCCAUUUACAUUGUCAUGGAGCUGGUGCAAGGAGGGGACUUUUUGUCCUUCUUACGUAAUGAGGGCCACAAUCUAAGAUCAAAUAUGAUGAUCAAAAUGGCAGAGAAUGUUGCAUCUGGCAUGGAGUACCUGGAAAGCAAGAAGUGUAUUCAUCGAGAUUUAGCAGCACGAAACUGUUUGGUUGCUGAGCAUAGUGUGGUAAAGAUCAGUGAUUUUGGGAUGUCCAGAGAACAGGAGGAUGGCGUGUAUUCUGCCACAGGGGGCAUGAAGCAGAUUCCGGUUAAAUGGACAGCUCCUGAGGCUCUCAACUAUGGGCGCUACACUUCAGAGAGUGACGUGUGGAGCUUUGGAGUGCUGUUAUGGGAGAUAUUCUCCAGGGGAACCACUCCCUAUGCCACUAUGACUAACCAGCAAACCCGAGAUGAGAUCGAGCGAGGUGAGGGUUAG